CUCAGAGAUGUUCCUGAACUUCCCCAAGUCCCUUUCUCUCCACCCUUCCCUGCAGUUGCUGGAGAGGCACUUUUGAAAAAUCAUUUUUUUUUCUUUCCACACCCAGAUUUGCUUCUGACAUCACGGCUGCUCCAGGAGGUGGCAGCCAGAGGCAGAGUUCCAAAACAGGCUGCACUUUCUGCCUCCGCUGCCCCCAUCAGCUUCGCUCCGGCCGGUGCAGAAUUUUCAAGCGUCGUGGGAGGGACAUUUCUACUGCAGAUGUUCCAGUUUAUUUACAAGUACACUAAUUUCUUCUUUAGGAGGCUCCAUCUUCAUCUGAAACAACUCCCUGCCCUGAGCAAGAAUGCUGAUUCUUCUAGCGUUCAUCAUCAUCUUUCAUAUAACUUCUGCUGCAUUUUUGUUCAUUGCUACGAUUGACAAUGCCUGGUGGGUCGGAGAUGGGUUCUUCACAGACCUUUGGUGCAGCUGCUUCAAUGAAACCAACUGCACACUUAUUGAUGAACAAUUUCCAGAGUACCCAGCUAUCCAGGCCAUGCAAGCCACCAUGAUCCUGGCCACUAUAUUCUGCUGCCUGGCAUUCUUCAUCUUCAUCCUUCAGCUCUUCCGCCUCAAGCAAGGAGAGAGAUUUGUCUUAACCUCCUUUAUACAGCUGCUGUCAUGUCUGUGUGUAAUGAUCGCAGCUUCCAUUUACACAGAUAGACACGAAGAGCUUCACAUGGGGAACUUCUACAACUACAAUGUUAACAGUGGCCAAUUUGGAUAUUCCUACAUCUUGGCCUGGAUUGCUUUCACUUUCACUUUGAUCAGUGGCAUCAUGUACCUCAUCCUAAGGAAACGCAAAUAAGUGGCAGCUGGCAGAACACCUCUCUUUGUAGGAAUGACUUUCCGGUCACACUCCAUAUAGUGAGAAGGGGCUGUGUAGUCAAGUUCUAUUGUUUGUGGUUCCCUCCCACCCUACCCCCUGCUCUGACAUUCUUGGUAUGAAACAGCGAGGACUAUGGGAAAAGAAGCAAAGGCAGGUGAACUGAAAUGCCUGGACUCUUUAGACAUGGUUAAAGACAUUUAAGCGCGGCGAAGGUGAUUUCCUUUCCUUGCACCAUUUUUAAAUACCAGUAACCUUACUAGGCAUUAACAAAAGGCAGAAGAAAUGUCAAUGGCCAUCUAGAAGGAAUGUUUGGAGCUCGCAACAAACUCCUUAGCAGGUGUCAAGAGAUCCUUUAGGCAAUCCACUGUCCCUGUGGAUUGCCAGUCAGAUUGAGUCUCCCAGAACAAACUGCCUUUCGCAAAUGCCAACACAGGCAGAAUGACAAAGGUACUUCAGAUGGCAAAAAAUUUGAUGCAACAGCAGUUACUUGGGAAUUACCACCAUUGUGUUGACCUUGCCAGUUUAUUUGGACUAGUACCCAGAGGGACGGUUAUUGGCACAACCCCUAUAGGGAUUCUGAGAGAAUGUGUGGGUUGCAGUACUCUUGCCCUGUGCUUUGGUAUGUUUAACUCACCAUCAGAUUUGGCCCCCCUCCCAAACUAGCAGGAAGCGUUCUAACCUAGCACAGCAGAAUUCUGGAAUCUUCUGCUGCUGUGAUGCUUGCAGAAGGAAUACCCUUAAGAUUUCCAAAGGCAUUCUAUCCCCAAUGCUAAACCUAAGUGUUGGAACUUGUAAGCAGAGUCCCUUCUUGUCAAAGCAUGCCCCCACCUACCUCAAAAAGAAUCACCCCUGAAUUACUUAUUUUACUCUACACCUGGAGAAUUUUGCAGUUAAAAAAGGGGGCCAUGCUCUGUUAAAGCAAACUCCUUAUUCUCCGCUGCUUUGACAUUUCAGGCUUACCUCGAUAUUUUCCCCGUUUAAGGAAAACGAAUGCAAAGAAAAGGCAUUAGAUCGAAGCCUUUCUUCAAUCUGAGAUAGCUGAGGAAGGUCAGUCCUCAGAGUUAAAGCUAAAUCAUGUUGCAACACUAGAAAGCCCAAAUUGGCUCAGAGGCUUAUUUACAUUACAAAUAUUUACAUUACAAUGGUCUGAUAUCCCAAUCCUCAUGCAUUCCCCUCACCCUGUGCAGCCAAUGUUCUAGUGUGUUGGCAUAUGCAAAUUUGCUUUCACUAAUCUCCCCUUCCACAUAGGAGCUAUCUUCUUCCCAUGGGAAGAAAUACAUGACAUGAUACCCUUAACUUACAAGACAGAAUUUUCAUUGAUUUUUUUAAAAAAAAUUAUCCACCACGUAACUAACCAAAAAUGACAGAAGGGCUGAUUCUCAUUCCAUCUUCCCUAAUCCUAGUAGUUAAGACUUGCCAACUAAUAAAUCAUUCUGUUAAAAAGUCCUCUAUGCACUUUCUAAUUAAAUGUAAACGAAAAUUCAUUCAACCAAGCUCUUCUGAGAUGCUGAAGGAUGAAUGAGAAUUUACAACUGGAAAACCAAAGAAUGUAGUAAUGAGGAAAGGUCCUCUUUAAUAGAAUGGGUUGGAUCCAGUGGUAGGUUUCUACUAAUAGGUUUUUUCCUUCUGCUGCAGAUUCACCCCUCAUGCUGCUGCUUGGGCCCCCUAACAGCAGCAUUGUAGGGAGCCCUUUGGGCUCAGCAAGAUAUUGGAUGCAAGAAAAUCCCACUCUGCUGAUGGAAAUCUCUUCUGUUGGAUCCAGCCCAUGUGUCUUAAUCAUUUGCCCUGUCACAGGGACAAACCAGAAAGGAACCAGCUCAUUCCUGUUCUCUCUUUCAUGGCUGAGAUCCCCAACAUCAACAGAUCCAGGGACACCUCCCUCCCUCUGUGGCCUCUUUCUUCCCCAUUACCAAUCUCACUGUCUCCCUGGGUCUGGGUCUUUACUCCUCCUCUCCCCCAGGGCACAUUUGGCAGGCAGCCUAACACGCCAUUGUGUCUAUCUGAAAAAGAAUGACUAGUUUGGGUGGGUCAUUUUAUACUUUUGAGUUUAUGUAAAAUAGUAUGUAUAUGUACAUACAUAUAUCCAGUUUUUACAUAGUUACAUAUCUGACCGCCUAAUAAAGGUAAACAUAACAACUGAUCAA